AUGGAAAGCAAGCUGAUGCCACGCCAAAUACAACCACCUGCCGAUAACUUGAGUCCACGUGGGACAAAGUUGACGACUGGAGGCCGACAUUACUGGGAAUCCGACCAUGCGUGGAUAGGUCUGAAACGGAAGGUUCUCCUGUUCAAUAAGCUGAACUCACGCUCGAGGCAUGUAGAUGACAUGGAUAAGUGGGUCUGGACCGACGGCACUCCUGUGAUCUACACUAACUGGGAUAAGAAGCAACCCGACAAUUGGCACGGCGAGGAAGCAUGCACACAUAUGUUCAAUCACGAUACGGAUCCCGCUGCGAAAACGUUGGAAUGA